AUGCUGGCCUCUGGUAUUCAGCGAAGGGCUUUCUCCGCCUCGGCUCGCAACCUGUCCAAGGUUGCUGUCCUCGGUGCUGCCGGUGGCAUUGGCCAGCCUCUCUCCUUGCUUUUGAAGCUGAACCCCAAGGUCACUGACCUGGCGCUGUACGAUAUCCGUGGCGGACCCGGUGUCGCUGCUGACCUUUCCCACAUCAACACCAAGUCUACCGUCACCGGCUAUGAGCCCAAUGCCGCCGGCCUGGCCGCCUGUGUCAAGGGCGCCGACAUCGUCCUCAUCCCUGCCGGUGUUCCUCGCAAACCUGGCAUGACCCGGGACGACUUGUUCAACACCAACGCCUCCAUCGUCCGUGAUCUUGCCAAGGCUGUUGCUGAGAGCGCCCCCAAGGCAAAGCUCCUCGUCAUUGCCAACCCCGUCAACUCCACCGUCCCCAUCUGCGCCCAAGUCUUCAAGGCUCGCGGUGUCUACAAUCCCAAGACCCUCUUUGGCGUCACCACCCUGGAUGUCGUUCGUGCCAGCCGCUUCGUCUCGGAGAUCAAGAAGACAAAUCCCGCGGAGGAGAACAUCACCGUCAUCGGUGGCCACUCCGGUGUCACCAUCGUCCCCCUCUUCAGCCAGAGCAGACACCCCGACCUAAGUUCCAACGCUGAGCUAGUCAAGCGCGUCCAGUUUGGCGGUGACGAGGUUGUCAAGGCCAAGGACGGUGCCGGCUCUGCUACCCUUUCCAUGGCCAUGGCUGGUGCUCGCAUGGCCGACUCUCUGCUCCGUGCCGCUGCUGGCGAGAAGGGUAUUGUUGAGCCCACUUUCGUCGACUCUCCUCUGUACAAGGACCAGGGCAUCGAUUUCUUCUCCAGCCAAGUGGAGCUAGGCCCCAACGGUGCCGAGAAGAUCCUGCCCAUUGGCAAGAUCGACGCCAACGAGCAGAAGCUUCUCGAGGCAUGCCUGGGCGACCUCAAGAAAAAUAUUGAAAAGGGCAUCUCUUUCGUCGCCCAAAAUCCAGGCAACUAA